AAAGAUGCAAACUGUAUUAAUUUCACAGGUACGAAACAAUUUAUUGGAAACUUUAAAAACUGAAGGUGAGUGUGUAUGUAUCUGUAUAGUAAAUGUAAAUUGCCUAAAAAAUUAAAAGGCAAAAAAUGAAAUUAGGGGCGGGAGAAAUGGAAUGAAUCGAAAUUUCCAGCCCAAAAUUUCAAAUUUCAUCUACGGUUUCGAUUGGUCCAUCACACAUCACACGGAUCGACCCUUAAUCCAACGGCCCUGAUCGCGCUCAGCCUUAGCUCACCAGCACCAGCCCCUCUAUAAAAUCACAAUCUCCGAUUUCCCAUUUCACCACCCAACGACGCAUCCGAGAAACACGUUCAGCUUCAAUACUCACAAAGGGUUCAAUUGUCAUUUCAAAUGGAGGCUGCCGCUAAACCGAAGAAGGGCGCUGGAGGGAGGAAGGGCGGCGGCCCCAAGAAGAAGCCGAUCUCCCGCUCCGUCAGAGCCGGCCUCCAGUUUCCCGUCGGCCGAAUUGGCCGGUACUUGAAGAAAGGCCGCUACGCGCAGCGUGUCGGCACUGGUGCGCCGGUGUACAUGGCUGCCGUUCUCGAGUAUUUAGCUGCUGAGGUGUUGGAGUUGGCUGGAAAUGCGGCCAGGGAUAACAAGAAGAACAGGAUCAUCCCGAGGCAUGUUCUGUUGGCUGUGAGGAAUGAUGAGGAGCUGGGGAAGUUGUUGCAGGGUGUGACCAUUGCUCAUGGCGGUGUGCUUCCGAACAUCAAUCCGGUGCUGUUGCCGAAGAAGACUGGCGGUGACAAGCCUGCCAAGGAGCAGAACUUUCUGCUUGCAGGACUCUCUUAUGAUACCAAUGAAACUGUGCUGAAGGAUGCAUUCGACAGCUAUGGUAAAAUAGUCGAAGUUAAGGUAAUAUGUGAUCGUGUGAGUGGAAAAUCAAGAGGAUAUGGAUUUGUGCGCUACUCUUCCGAAGCAGAAGCAAACAAAGCCUUGAAAGAAAUGGACGGCCAGUUGCUUGAUGGCAGGAAUAUCCGAAUUCACUAUGCUCACAGAGGGGGAAGCAAGGAACUCAGGGAUGAGUGCUCUUCAACAUCUAUAGAAUAAUAGAAGGCUCCCAACACUCAGAUUUUCCUCUCUUAUGAAUUGAAGUCAACAAAGAAGAUUUAGUUAUCAGCCUCUUGCUUCAAGACCUUCCCUUGUUUGUAUGCUUUUGCACCUGGUGACAGAUAUGAGAUAUCAGCUGAGUAUUAUCAUGAGAGGACACAAGUUUGAUGGAUUGGCUGCAGUAAGUUAAUUCCAAAAAUUGCAGAUAUGAUACUAUAUUUAGUAUUUCAUCUCAGAGUAAAUUGCUAAGGCUACACUUAAUUCCGUUCACUCAGAAUGUUACAGAAAUUCAUCAACUUUUGUUUGCCGGGAUUCUUAAUUUUCAUA